CAUCUUAUAGUCAUAUUAGAUAUGUGCUUAUGAGAAAUAAAAUGGUGAUAAAUUAGCACAUCCCUUGGACUCGCCGUCCCAUUCUGAAAUCAAUUGCAUCCAAAAUUUCCGAUAGGAAAUGGAGACCCUGCGCGGGAAGUCAAAAGUCAUUGUUAAUCGACGAUGCUCCGGACGCCCUGCGGUGAAUUCCGAGAGAACAGUAGAACAGUAUAAAGCGAAGGAGAAACGACAUUAUCCGUGGGCGAGAAACGAUUGCGUCGUGCUUCCGUUUUAAUCUCCUUUCCGUACAGCUUUACACGUCAUAAUCCGCCAUCAACCGUCGUUUCCUCCAUUCCUGUGGGACAAUCCCGAUUCACUCAUCCAUUGUUUUCGUUUCUUGCCCCCACCCUAUAACAAAGCCGAUGGAUUACGCCGCCGCGGCCAUCAGGAAGCCGACGACGAGCCGCUGCCGUCUCCUUCGUACGGACUUCUCCUCCCUGUCGGCCGCGCUGUUCGGAUCGUCUGCUUCCACUGGAGAUCUGCGGAUCCAGUUUUGUAAUCGGUGAAAGCAAUGGCUGCUGCUGAAGCAAGGGCUGCUUGGCAACGUGCUGCAAACCGUUGUCUGGUUCAGGAGGACAGAAAGAGAGCCCCAAAAUUAGCCUGCUGUCCAUCAUCAUCUGAACAACAACAUGGUACAAGCAGUGGAAAUUGUGUAACUUCUGAAGGCCGCCCUAUCUCCAAUUUCAUGCAUUUGAGCUGGAGUCCAAUGAAUUCUAAUCUGCCACCAGAUAUCAGAUGGUGGCUUCAGUUACAGCCAAAUUUUGGGGUCCAGAAGGAUCUUGUUAGUGAGGCUCAUGAGAAGAUAGUGGAGGAUUUAGCACCUAAGCCUAAACAUGAGGAGCCAUUACUAUGUGAAACAAUUGGCACCAAUGUUGAGAAGAGUGAAGAUGUUUUUGAGCCUCCAUGGAUGGUUUCAGCAUCUUUCAUGAAGUAUUCUUCAGAGACAGGCUUAGAAGAGUUGAGAACCAUUGGUGGCUAUUCACAGGUACCUCUGAAGAGCAGAGGGACUUUGUAUGAGGAUAAAGAACUCCUGGAUUUCAAAAGUUCUGAUUCACCACCUUUGAAAAACCAACAGAAAGCUAAUUUUGAUAUGGAUGCACCUUGGAAAGAAGUUGAAAAGAUUCGGCCAUGGUGGCAGAUCACUGAUGAGAACGAGCUGGCUUCACUAGUUGCAGAAAGAGCAGUACAGCACAUUGAGAAUUGUGAUCUGCCAAGACCUACCCAGACAGUACGUGUUCAUCACGGGACAGAAUCACACAGUCAAGAAAAUAUAUGUCAUUCUGAGGGGCCAUCAUCUCCUGCAGGAAGGGUUUCACAUCCUGUUCCUGGACAAUGUGAGCAUAUCAACUUGAGCUAUAGCUCAGAAAGCACAGAUCUGAGUUUGUCUAAUAAUAGAGUUUGGCAACAGCAUGAAAGGAACUAUACAUAUAGUGGUGCACAAGACUUUCCUAACAGUAGCAAUACUGGAUCGGAAAGCAAACAAACGCUCCAGAAUGUAUCAGAGCGGGAUCGGAUUUUGGAGGCUCUUUGUCAUUCACAAACCCGUGCUAGGGAAGCUGAGAUGGCUGCCAAGAAAGCGCACAAUGAGAAAGACGAUGUAAUCAAUUUGUUGCUCCGACAGGCCUCAGACCUCUUUGCAUGCAAUCAGUGCCUGAAAAUAUUUCAACUGGAGAAUAUGGGCCUCCAGCUCAAGCACAAAGAGCAUCAGAUCACAACCGUGAUACCUGAACUUCCAUGGAUGACUCUGAAGGAGAAGCCUACGCUGGGUCAAGAGCAGAAAGUUUGGACAAGAAGGAAAGGUAGGAGGCAGAAGAAGGGAGGUGGGUUCUUUGAUGCCAUCUUAUUUGCUGUCGGUUUAGGUCUUGCUGGUGCUGGGUUUCUUCUUGGCUGGACUCUUGGGUGGCUGCUGCCAAGGUUGUAAAGUUAUUGGUGAUUCUCCUCUGAGGCUAGCUAGCUAGGCAUGAAUUUUGCUAUGUAUGAUCCUUAGAUGGAAGCUCCAGGUCUUACAAAUGGUCAAAUUGUUAGAUCCUACAAGCUGUUGAUUUGGAAGCCAUGCUGGUUCAAAGGCAUGAAUGUCCAUACUGCACAUGGAGUGUUUUUUUUUAGUAAAUAUGUGUGGAGUUCGUAUCUCAGAAUAUUGUACAUAUGGAUCAGUGUUGAAACUGUGCCAUAUGUCGGGUUCAGCAAUGUGUGAAUGAUUGGGGAAAUCAGUGAAAUAUCAUUACUUGAGC